AUGACAUCUGAAUUCGAAGCGAAGCAUCAAGAUACUAAUGAUGCUAACGAGCUAACAGAUACUGAAGAGCUUCCUAUUCCACCGGAUACUGAAGAUCAUUACUCUAAAACAGAGGUCAAAUGGCGUAAACAAGACGAUGAGCCCGUUUUGUAUAGAGAUAAGUAUAUUGCUGUUACAACUACUUACUUAUAUAUUUUUAAUUACUACAUGCCGGAUGGAAGGGAUAAGGCUAUCGCUUUGACUAGUAUAAAAAAUAUACAAACUGAUAAAGAGGCGAAUAUUUCUUGGGCAAAAGAUUUUGGAAGAUGGAAAGGUCAUGAUUUGUGUGUGAUUGUUACUGUUGACCGUGGUGUGGUCAAACGAAAAGGAUUUACCUUGGAAAAUAUUAAAGGCUUGCAUGUUCUUAAAGAAGCCUGGAAAAAGGCGAAUGGACUACCUUACGAAGAUGAUGGAUAA